CAUGAUUUCCACUUUCGCUAUUCUUAUCAGUCAUAUUACAGUUUAGCAUAUCACCUUCAGUGAUUACAAUUAGGCAAUAAUAUUCAUUCCAUUUAAUCAUCAUUCCUUAUCGAUACUAGAACUUAGUUAUAGCUGAAACAUAACCUAUAAUUCAACAGGUUGCGAUGUCUGAAAACGGAGAUAUUGGCCUUAUUGGUUUGGCUGUAAUGGGCCAGAACCUCAUCCUUAACAUGGCUGAUCAUGGGUUCACUGUAGUAGCUUUCAAUAGAUCAGUGGAAAAAGUUCACAACUUUCUCGCAAAUGAAGCAAAAGGAAAGAGUAUCAUAGGUGCAGAGUCUAUACCAGACUUGGUAUCGAAACUCAAAAGCCCUCGACGUAUUAUGUUACUUGUGAAAGCUGGUGAUGCAGUUGAUAGUUUCAUCAACCAAUUAGUUCCUCAUUUGGAGGAAGGUGAUAUUAUCAUAGAUGGUGGCAAUUCAGAGUACCAAGAUAGCGAACGGAGAACGAAGAAUUUGGCUAAAAUGGGAAUACGUUUUGUUGGAGCGGGAGUAUCAGGUGGUGAAGAAGGUGCUCGUUAUGGUCCCAGUCUUAUGCCGGGUGGUAACAAGGCAGCCUGGCCUUACAUUAAAGAUAUCUUCCAGAGCAUAUCAGCCAAGGCUGAUGGCCAGCCUUGCUGUGAUUGGGUUGGAAAUGAUGGUGCUGGUCACUUUGUCAAGAUGGUGCAUAACGGUAUUGAAUAUGGAGAUAUGCAGUUGAUUGGUGAAGUUUACCAUUUAAUGUUAGCUAUUGGAAUAAGCCAAGAAGAAAUGGCCAAAACAUUUGGUGAAUGGAAUAAAGGAGAGUUGGAUUUUUUUUAAAGAACAACCUGUAAACAUUUUUAAUGAAAAUAAAUUUUGUUUUCAGGAAAAUACCUACUUCCGAAGAUUCGUGACACUGCUGGUCAAAAAGGUACUGGUAAAUGGACAGCCAUUGCAGCUCUCAACUACGGAAUACCGGUUACCCUAAUAGGUGAAGCUGUGUUCAGCCGUUGUCUUUCGGCACUCAAGAGCGAACGUCAGAUUUCAAGCAAAAUUCUUCCUGGACCAACACCAAACUUUUCCGAUGACAAAACAAAAUUCCUUGAUGAUCUCAAGCAGGCCCUUUAUGCUGCUAAAAUAGUGUCAUAUGCACAGGGGUUUAUGCUUUUGCGUGAAGCCGCGAAUGUACAUAACUGGGACCUGGAUUACGGAGCAAUUGCCCUUAUGUGGAGGGGUGGAUGUAUCAUCAGAUCGGUUUUCUUGGGGGAAAUCAAGAAGGCAUUCGACAAGGACUCUUCCUUGAAGUCAUUACUCCUCGAUCCUUUCUUUGUGGAAGCCAUAUCAAAAGCGCAGACAGGCUGGAGAAAUGUAGUAUCAACAGCUGUCAAGCUAGGUAUUCCAACUCCAGCUCUCGGAACUGCUCUGGCAUUCUACGAUGGUUAUCGUUCUGAACACCUCCCUGCAAAUUUAUUACAAGCGCAGAGAGACUAUUUUGGUGCUCACACUUACGAGCUUCUUGGACAGGAAGGUAAAUUUGUACACACAAAUUGGACUGGCAAAGGAGGAAAUGUUUCGGCUUCUACUUAUGAUGCCUAAGUUUGUUAUUAUACUUACAUAAUAUAUUGAAUAUUUUUAAUAUAAAAUUUGUUACGA